AUGAGUAAAUUUAAAAGUUCUUGGAUAGUUGCCGUAGUCGUACUGUUUAUGUUUGGUCGGUUCCUUGAGAUUAGGGCUUUUAAUUGUUCUAAUCUGGAAGUGGAAGGAAUACGAUUCGACUUUACUGAGCUUAAUCGGACGUUUAACAUUACUAAUACCGAGGAGUCACCUCCUACAAUGAAGUACACCACUUAUUUAAUAAAUCCAUGUUCCCCCUUAACUUACAAUAAUUCUGUUGAAACUCACAAUGAAAAUAUGUGUGAAGAUGGAGCCUUUAUUUGCGAGAUUAUAACUCAUAAAUCGGAAAAUGUCACUUUAGUAACAAGUGUCAAAACAGUUGCCGGAAACUUCACAGAAAGACCAUUAGAUCCCCAAACUGUUCUAGGACCCUCCUCGAAAGCCGAGGAUUUACAUGGUCCUCUCACCGUUUCACUGCACGGAGGUAUCUUUGUUGGUCAAAAACAGGAAGCAAAUAUUACCUUCUUUUGCGACGAAAAAGAAGAAAAUAUUACAGUGAAGGCAUACAAGGACAAUAUAUUGUUCAUAGAAUGGAAAACAUUACAUGCUUGCGGGACGAAAAUACCCGAGGAAAGUAAAGGUCUUGGUGCAUUUACAAAGUUUUUGAUCUUCAUUUUUAUUAUCGUGGCAUUAUAUUUGAUGAUCGGAGCAGGUUACAAAUAUCACGUGUACAGAUCGCGAGGAUGGGAUUUACUUCCAAACAGGGAUUUUUGGAGAGAUGUUCCAUACAUUGCUUCGGACUUGACCAAAAACCUUUUCAACACUAUUAGAGGUGGCAGACAUCCAGGUUAUUCUAGAGUCUGA